AUGCCCGCCCCGCUGCUCGCGGCCGUGCUGCUGCGCGCCCUGCUCGGCCGCCUGCUGCUCCUGGCCCGCCAGCGCCUGCUGCCGCCGCUGCGCCGCCUGGGCGGCCGCCUGCGCUCCCGGGAGAGCCGCCAGGCCCUGCUCACCUGCCUGCUCUGCAUCCUCAACCUGCACAAGAAGGUGGACGACUGAGGCCGCCCGAAAGGGAAGGGCACGGCGGCUCCUCCCCGCCUCCGCCGGCCCGCCGCGGGAGGAGGGACGCGGGCAGAGGAGGGGACGAGCCCCGGCGGGGGCGGAGGGGGCCCGCCCGCCGGCAGAAGAGGCCGGACGGCCGCCCUCCGGCGCCGCGCUGUGCCUCCGGCCCCGGGCAUGGGAGCCGGGC